GCGAAGAGGUGCUACGGCAUGGCCAAGUCCGCCUACAACAACUCGCAGCUCGAGAAGCGCGUCUAUGAGAGACGAAUGCAGAAGAGCCGCUUUCCACGACGCCAGCGACGCGGCUUCGACAUCUACGGGAUCUUCGCGGGCGAGUGCGGCAUCGCCCUGCAUGCCGCCGACCGCGCCAACGGCUGGGGCAUGCGAGCUCUCCAACCCGUGGACAAACUGUUCGGUCAGGACUUGAAGAAGCAGAAGGCCAGGAAGGAAGUGCUCGAUACGAUCGACAGGUGGCGGCCACGCUUGGUCAUCAUCCAGCUUCCGUGUACACUCUGGUCGCUGCUCAACCGCAACGUCAACUACAAGGAGAUGCCCGAGGUGCUGGAGGACCUACGCGAUGAGGAGCGGUGCUUCAUCACCUUCACGAAGGACAUCUUCGAUAAGCAUAAGGACUACGGCAAUCGCGCCCUGCUUGAGAAUCCCGCUACUGCCGACUCGUGGCGCGAGGAGGCAAUCGUCAAGCUCAGGCAGGACAACUACGAGUGCACCUCGAAUAUGUGCAUGUCCGGCAUGGUCGGCAACCAGGGACUCCCCAUGAAGAAGUUGGUUCGUUGGUUGGGUACGCAUCCACUUCUCAUUCAAGAGCUCGACCGACACUGCGACCACAGCCAUCCACAUGAAGAAGUGCAAGGAGGUGGACCUAAUGGCAACACCAAGCUCUCACAGGUCUACACCUGGCAGCUAGCAGACGCCAUCUGCCGAGGUCUCACCAGGGUCAUCGAGAGCGAGGAGUUCGGACACGGCAUCUACCUGUGCAGUUAUUACCCCGUCUCCUACGACGCUCCAGCCCCUACUGUGCACCACGUCUGCUAUUCGGCUCCCGACGUGGACGAAAUAAAGUGGAAGAACAUCAUGCAAUCGGUCGUCGAUGUCAUGAGUCGAAGGAACGCCCCCUCAGCUCAGGUGGCGCAGGACUCAGAGAUGUGGAGGCAGGUGUCCGAAUUGGUUCCCUGGCAGAUCCUGUGCAUGCAGGCCGCCUUCCAGCCGAAGGCGAAGCCUACGCACCACGAGAACGAUUUCAAGACCCAGUACGCUACGGUUUGUUCAUUAUCGGACGUGCUCCAGUCGGCGAAGUACCAGCACCACCUCGACCACCAGUCGAAGGCGAAUCACGACAGCCAGUACCAGUACCCGACGAACCACAGCCAGACGAACUUCAGCCUCAGCCUGUCCAACAACGGGCUGGCGACGAUGCACCAGAACUUGAGCCACCCGCUGCAGGCUGAUUUCACGAGGUUCCUGAACGCGAGCGACGCGAGCCAGAUUCCAUAUAUGGGUUCGUUCAAUGCUCGAGUUGGUUUGGAUUUCUUUUACCUACCUGAUUCUGCUCUUACGACACAUCAGUUCUUGGGAAUUUUGGAGAUGUCAGGUUUACUGAUGGUGGUGGUUCAUUGUCCGACUCGUGAUCCUACUCAGUUGCUGGAAAUUUUUAAUUUGGCUUGGUUAUCUUGGGCUGGUCAUCCAGAUCAUGUGGCGUGCGAUCGUGAUGGAGCUUUCCAGGCCGCUUUUGUUGAACAUCUUGAGGCCCACGACGUUCACGUCGAGAAGCCCCCAGCUGAAGCUCACUGGCCAUCAGGACGAGUCGAGGCUAACAUCACACUCUGGAAGCACAUGGCCAAGAAGGUGAUUGAUACGAUGCAGCUUGCCGGAGUUGAGGACAUGAAGCUGAUGGCGCCUGCGAUCAACCAGUCUCGCAAUUCUCGUGUCCGACAAUGCGGUGCUUCACCAUAUCAGUGGACUUUCGGUAAGGACCCGAGGAUCCCCGACAGCAUCACCGAUCCAGCUAACUCUGCCGUCGUACAUAGCGCCAUGACCGCAGAUGCCGAGCUUGCUAAAUGA